AUGGUAUGGGACACUCAAUUACGGCUCCUUGUGUUUCCAAUCUUCUUCCUCUGGCAGGAUUACUUCCACGUGCAACUGUCAGACGACAAGCAGGUGAGGCACUUCCUGGAGCUGAGCUAUGCUGGUGCCAUCCUUCGGGACAGCUGGGUCCUGACAGACGUUGGCAUCACCCCUAGCAGUGCCAUCUGCUGCCUGCUGAAGCGGGAGCCGGUGGUGCGUGUGUUCAGUGCUGUGACGGGGGAGACCCUCUCAGUCUUGGGCACUGUGUUUCUCCUGAGUACGUCUGUGGCCAGGCUCAUGACCCUGGUGUCCCAGCAGUGUGGGCUUCCCGUCAGCUCCUUCAGACUGAGCUCUCCCACCGGCCUGCAACUCUACGACUGCAACCGGCUGCACGACUACGCCAUUGACCUGGGGGCUACUCUACGGUUGGACACCUGGGAUGGGUGGGCGGAGUUCCUCAGAGGCUGCUUCCUGGGACACAGACUGACCGUCCAACGACACCUGUCUAGGGAGAGACCUGUGAUGAGGUUCCAGCUCCGGGUGGCACUCUACAUCGCUGCUUCUCUGGGCCACCUGGACCUGGCCGGCUGGCUGCUGGAGAGGGGGGUGCGUGUCAUUGAGCCGGUGGGGGUUCACCCUUACCGUGAGUGGUGCCACCAGACGGCCCACCCCGACGUCGCCAAGUGUCCCGCUGUCGCCUCCAUCAAGCGAGGCCAGCUCACCAUCCUCAAACUCUUUAUCGCCAGCAGCGUUCUGACCCUUGCCUGUCGGGAUCCCCAGGGUCGUGACCCCCUGAGGAUCGCCCUUCAGUACGGCCACAGGGAGUGUGUGAGUCACCUGGCCACCAAGCUGUGCUCUGUGGUGGUCCUCCCAGGUAUGGCCCUGCCCAUGCGGACAUACCUCCAGAUAAAGGGCUGGGUGAGGCUGGGGCAGAGGAGGGCAGCAUCCAGGCACUACAUGGGCCUCAACAGGGCUCCGUUCAGGACCAGGGUGGGCGACACGGUCCUGGUGGACGGCUUCACCCUCCCCAAGAUGUCCUCCAAGCCCAGGAGGAGUGAGGCCAAGGCGGGUAUCAGGGUGAUGUCCACAGCCUCUCGACGUUUGACCCCCAUCAACUGCCCAUCUCAUGUAUCCUGCCCGUUCCGCACCCUGGCAUCCCAGGAUAAACCUCUUCAACUACCGAAGCUACACCCUGUGGCCACGAGGGAUGAAAGAGAGAAGAAGAGGGGAUGUGGAGGGAAGGGAUGUGAGGAGGAUGAGAGUGGGGAUCAGAACAGCAACCAAUGGAGGAGCAGAGUCCCGCUCCCGCCCAUUUCCAGAGACACCAAUCUCAGACCUGUGUUUGCCUCGCCAAACUCCGCCCAGAUACUCACCACCUCACUGGAGGCCUUUUCUCUCCACUGCGACCGCACACCCAGAGAAAACGCCAUAUACUGUUUGGCCUUGGCCAGUGCCUUCACACAGAGACCAUGGUUGCAGCAGCUGAAUGUAGCGCGGACUCUGUCCAGGAGGAGUGCUCAGCACAUUGGGUAGACACCAGGAUCCUGGUCAUUAGGCAGAUUAAACAUACUGAAACAAGGAGGGACAACCUGGAAUUGUCCAAAAAGGAACUCUUAUUUGAGUUUUUAUUUUUAUUUUUUACAGUGAACAAGAUGAGACUUUGGAACGGAUGAUGCCUGAAACAAUGCGGACGACUUAGAAUUUUGUUCCUUUGGAUGAGGCUUAUAGAUAUAGUCAGUACUGUGUUUGAUUUGUGUGCAGAAAGUUUACAACGGCAGGCAGUGGAUUCUCAGUCAUUCCUCUCAAGUAACAAAAAACGUAUCAUAUUUCACUGGCUAUUUGUAGUAGCCAAAUGUGAAUGGAAUUAUUAUUAUUCUAGAAUCAUUCAGUUGACUGAAUGUGACUGUGGUUGUGCUGUAUGUGACUAUGUGGUUGUACUGAAUGUGACUAUGUGAUUGUACUGAAUGUGGUUGUACUGUACGUGAUUGUAAGUGUUUGACAUGGGUCUAAUUGAGGCCCCCCCCCCCCACACUUAACACUAGUUUUUAUCCAUAGAAAUCCUCACUUGCUGAUGAAGACCUAGAGUGGUUGAAAUCAAUGUAAAAUACAGUAUGAACACUGCUGCCUUAAAACUCUUUUAUUAAGAUGUGGAUCAUUAUUGCUCAUUUAAAUGAGUCUGUGCAGUGUCAAAAUAAUACACCUGAUACAUAAGGGGGGAAAAAUGCUAAAAAUACCACAAGACAUGAAAUAAUGGCAUUAUGGGAAAAUAAUACAUACUGUAUUUCACAGAGUAUUUGACAAACUCUUUAUUUACGUUACAAAACUGACAACUACUGUGACGAUGUGUUAGCACAGCAUGUGUCAUCAUUCCCCUGCAGUGUGUGGAUUUACACAGCAACAUAGCAGACAGCUUAAAUAGUUUAUUUUUUAUUUAACCUUUAUUUCACUAGACAAGUCGGUUAAGAACAAAUUCUUAUUUACAAUGAUGGCCAAACCCGGACGACGCUGGGCCAAUUAUGCGGCACAAUAUGGGACUCCCAAUCACUUGGGAGUGGGAAGGAUACCAAAUCCAAUAUCACACACUUCUUCCUUAGUAUUCUGAGAACUGUCAGAUAGCUGUGAGAGCUAUGAGUGGAUCGUGGACCCAUGCAUAAAUGAUAACUUUGCUGUAACUCAGUGGGGCAAGUAGAACGUCCGGGUUAGUGUAUGUGCAUUAUCUGGACAGUUGAUCGUCUUUGUCUCAAAGCCUUUCCAUUUCUGGGGUAUUGAAGAAGCUUCUGAUCUCAACCUUCUUGACAGGUAAGAAACACUUGGUUAGUGUAUGUGUCUUAUCCAAUGGGUUGUCAGGUGAACGUUGAAGAUGCUUCUUGGAGGUGAUCUAAUGAUGUCAUUGAAUCGCUGUCAUUGAGUUGCUCACUGGACAAGACAAUUAUUCACUGAAAAUUAAAUCUGUCUUUCAUUUCA